ACAGCUGGCGCAGAAACCCGUCACCUUUCCACGUCGUCGAUGUGUUCGUGAACUCGUAGGAAUUUCGUUUUCUUUUCCAAAAGGUGUUUGAACAAGCCGAUUCAGUGUCGCGUCAAGGAGACUGAUGAACAUUGUCCUUAAUCCUCCAACUAACAUUGGGAAGAGAAUGGGCGAAGAAGUGGGAAAAAUAUUUGUUGGUGGCGUGAACCGGGAAACUACUAUAGAUGCAUUCCGGGCAUAUUUUGAGUCAUUUGGAAAGAUCAACGAUAUCGUUUUGAUGAUGGAUAAGGACAACAACAAUGGCAUGAAUAAGGGCUAUGGCUUUGUGAAAUAUGAUGAUCCACGCUGUGCAGAUGAUGUCAUUUUAAAGAAAGGCCAGCAUAAACUUGAUGGCAAAGAGCUGGACACAAAACCUUGCAAUGCCCGAGGAUCUAGACCAAGAGGUGGCAUACCUGACGAUAACAGAACCAAGAAAAUCUUUGUUGGGGGUAUCUCACAGCAGGCAGGCAAGCAGGAUCUUUAUGAUGUCUUCAAACCCUUUGGAAUGGUAGAAGAUGUGCACAUUAUGACAGACAAUGCCACAGGAAAGCACAGAGGCUUCGGCUUUGUGACGUUGGAUAGUGAAGAAGCCGUAGAGAAAUUGGUCCAAAUACGCCAUCUGGAGCUGAAGGGAAAAUCGAUGGAGAUUAAAAAGGCCCAGCCGAAGAUGAACAGAGGGUUCGGAGGGCCAGGUGGACCAGGAGGACCUAUGGGUGGAGGAGGAGGAGGCUUCCCACAAGGAGGUGGUAGCUGGAACCAAGGGGGGCAGCCAGGCUUUGGUGGAUUCGGAGGGGGCAGCCAGUGGAACAUGGGUCAACCCAUGGGCCAAUUUGGGCAGCAGCAGCAAGGAGGGUUUCAGCAGAGAGGUGGCCCAGGCCAGGGGUACGGCAGCCAGCAACAAGGGUACAACAAUGGCUACCGGCAACAAGGUCAGGGGGGACCACAAUACGGUCAACAAGGAGGAGGUUAUGCGGGGCAGCAGCAGCAACAACAGCCACAGCAGCAACAUAACUAUGGAGGGAAGCCCAGUGCAGGAGGUGAUAAUUAUGGAACCAAAAAUCCUCGCCUUGGUGGACAGGGCUAUAGUAAUUAUGGAGGAGGUGGAUAUGGACAAUCUCAACAGGACCCGUAUGGACAACAACAACAACAGCAACAGCAAUAUGGAAACCAAGGUUCAAUGGGUAACUAUCCCCAAGAAGCAUCAGGGUAUGGUCCUCAGCGAGUGAACUACAACCAACAACAACAAGGCUACAAUCAAGAAUCCCUAAACUACCCGGCCUUUUAACAUUGACAAUUCGGUAACGACAUGCCAGGUCAGAACUUUGGUCCACCUCAGCAGCAGCAGCAACCACCACCACCACAGCCACCACAGCAACAGCAACCACCACAAGGGUACGGGCAACCGGUUGAAGGGGGCCCCGACAUGUACGGCAACAACAACUACGGAAGAGGCAACUUGGGAGGAGGGAACCAGUUCCAUCCGUACAGACGAUUCCAAGGCAAUCAGGUUCAGUAACGCUGGCAAUGGAAACGUUCCUUUGCUUUGUCAUAGGAGCGAGUGUUUCGCCCCCAAGGGAAUGUUCUCAUUGCUAUAAAAUAGUAGGUUACCUUAAUGUGGGUGUCAUUUCUUGUCUCAAGCCAUUUCACAUGUUUAUUGACGUAAGGGGCUGUGCUCUCUGUAUUUAUUUUCAUGCAAUUGUUGAUGCUGGCUGCUAUGUAUGGUAUGACUAUUUGUUCUUAUGUAGGCAGCUGCUGUUUGUACUAAAGGUUUAACCAAUCUCUUCAAACUUUCACUGAAGGAAAUGUAUAAUUGAAAUACAAGAAUUAAAGAAACAGUCUUACAGAAAUACCAGAAACAUUUAUUAACAUGUUAUGAUUAUUCCUCUUGUUGAAAAGUGGAUGAAUUCACGAUCAAUGUAUAUAUAUCGGCACUUUGUUUUAUAUCUACAUUUCGCCAAGAUGCUGGUUCUAUUUUAUGAACUAUAUAAUAUAGACUAUUAUGUAAAUAUAUUAAUUGUUAAAAAUAAAAAAAGGAAAAUGAUAUUGUUCCUUCACUGAUUGCCUUUUUGUACAGGUUUUAGCAAAGAAAGCGGUCUUUUUGUGAACAUUCAUGCCAAUAGAAAAAAAUUGUCCACUGUUUGUUAUGAAAAUAACAUUACAUGGGAUGCUAUUUGUCAAAAUAAAUUAAUGAAUAGUCACUCUCAGAUCUUUGUGAAACACCCCCACAUCCUUUUGCAAUGCUAUUAUAUAAAUGAAUAUUAUUAUUUAAUACUUCGAGCAUUGCUGUAAUAGAGCACUUAAAUGCUGUCGAUGGAUGUUUGCAAUUUUUUACCUGCUUGCUAAGAAAGCAUUAAUGCUUAUAAACAAUUAACCAUAGGACCGAAAGCUUAAAGUCCUUUCUGAGGGA